AGUAAUUUGUGCCUUUUCUCCUACCAUUUUCGGUGUUUCUCUCCGGGAGAAGUGUCUUUGCUUGUCCGUGCUUUUGGUCUGUUGUACCGCCGAUACACACAGGCACACACACACACAAAAUGUUGCACACGGCGGUUGCACCGUCGUUGCCGGCCUCCGUUGUGACACACACGGUGUCAGGGUAUUUCUUACCAGAUUCGCUCGCCGCUCACAAAGCCAAGGAGGUGGUCGUCAUUCGGCAGAAUCACCUCACGCUGUACCGAGUCCAAACCUCGUCUACUUUGUCCGCGCUGCCCAUCAACAGCAACCAUGUUCCAUUGGAUCAGCUCGGUCAGGUUGCGGAGGUCAGCCUUCACGCUCCACCACUGGCAGCCGCUACAUGCCACCCGUUUCGUGCGACGUCGGACAUCUUAGUACUGCUGCUGGACGACUUCCACGUUUCCUUCUUGCAGUUCAACCCCGUCACGUUUCAGUUCGAUACGGUUGCCCUUGUCCAGCUCGACGAUCGCCAGCUCGUCUUGGACCGGUGCCCGCUCGACGCACUGCUGCGGGUGGACCAGACCGGUUCUUACGUUGCCGUUUUGGCGAAGCGCAGUGACGUUUUCUUCUUCCCAGUGCUGGAAUUGUUAGACCCCGCGGCGCUCGCUGCAGCACGGGCGGAGGCGGCGGCAAACGACUCCACCGACGCCGCUACUUACUUCUCCUCUGAUGCGUUGGGUAACGCGUCGGCUGCCGGAAAUGAUGAGGGUGCUGCGGCGUCCAUCCAAGCGGCGGCGCCGGCGAAGGUGACGACUGUCGCACUGAAUGCCUGGGGAGACGACGACGACGAGCACGAUGACGAAGAACCGGAGGAGUAUCAGCAGCAGCAGGAGCACGAGCAAGACGAAAAGAAGCCCCCUACCGCUAACGGUCCUUCAGAAACUCAAACGUAUGGUGUUGAGGCAUCCCUCGCGCCCGGGGCCGCGGUGCCUUUUAAGAAAGUGUCGACGGAGGCGGGUGCUGGCCCCUCCAUGCUGCUGCGUAUUGGCAGCGUCACGCACUGGUGCUUACAAGAGGUGAAGACGACGCUGCGGAAUGUGCGUGACAUGCAGUUUGUUGAGUCGGUUGGUGAGCCCCUGCUCGCCUUUCUGUUUGAGAAGUACCCCACCUGGGCUGGACGCGUGAAGUUGCUCGAGUGGCGCAGCAAAACGGUCGAGGCGAACAUGCUCACCUGUUCCAUCGAGUGGAUAAAGGUGACGCUUGCAAACUCGGCCGCUCCACACAUGCUGUCGUUAAGCGAGGUGGACGGUCUGCCCUAUGAUGUGACCAGCAUGACACCCCUGCCCGCGUUUCAAGACGUCCCGUCAGCCGUUCUCUGCGUCAGUCGAAACAUGUUGGUGCACGUCAGCACCAAGAGCGGCUACGGUGCCUACAUUAACACGAACGGCGAAGACGAAGUCCGCAACUUGAAGUCGUCCGCGGUCACCUUUGCGAGUGUGCAGUGGCGCAGCACUUCCCAGGCGACGUCGACGGAGUUGGUGAAGGUGAACUUGAACUUCGCCAACGCGACGGUGGUGGUGGUGCCGAGCCACGCAUCACAGGAGGAAGGUGAAGCGAGCAGUCAGCGUUUGCUGAUCGUGACGGAGGACGAUGGCACGGUGGUGGAAGUGCAUUUGGUGAGUCAGGGGUACACCGUGGGCACGGUGGCAGUGGAAAUCGUCAUGACGGGCUGCUUCUGCGCCGCCUACGCCGCCGUGGACGCCACGCGAUUCUUCUUCGGCGCAAUGAACGGCGAUUCGCGCUUUAUCGCCUGCACCCCGCACGACCCGUGCAAGGUGGUGCAGCGCUUUAUUGGCAUCGGCCCCGUGCGAGAUAUGGACAUUGUCGACACCACCACCACGACAAAUCUCAACGCGGAUAUUUUGGACCCCUCGGUCCAGGCGUCCCCGUUUGCGGAUCUCUACCGCAGUGUGGAGCUGGAGCCGCAGCCGUCUAUGACUGCGGUGCAGCAGCGCGCGGUGAUGGACCUGGCCUUGUGCUCCGGCACUGGCUCCGCUGGCACCCUCUCCGUGCUGCGGCGAUCCGUUCGUAGUCGCGUGGUACGCCAUGAGGAGCUGAACGCUAUUUCGGUCUUUUUUCUUGAGCCCUCGCUGCCGCACUCGCAGAAGCGUCGGCGCGAGGACGAGGGGGCGGCAGCGGCGGGUGCGUCAAACGGUGUCCUCAACGCGGGUAGUGUCGUAGCUCAGUUUCCGCAUCUGCUCAUCUCUGGCAUCAACUUUUCUAUCCUCUUCGCCGUCCGCAGUGAUUCGGUGCAGCAGGUGCGCGGUGCGGCGCUGAGCGUGGCCGCCCGCACCGUCUACGCCGCCCACCUCGACUGGCUCGGCGCCCUCCUUCAAAUCACCGAGGCUGAGGUGCGACUCUUGUCGGUGGACGGCAAGCGCAAGAUGGCGAGUGCGGAAUUCCAAAGUAUCCCAGCGCUGCAGAGUAGUGGGGCUGGAGGAGGAAGCGCAGCAGUCGCAGCGAACCUGGCCUUGUCCGCCUUUGUCAUCGAGAAACACCGUCGCGUGUUGGUGCGCUUCACGAACGGGCAGCUGCUGUCCAUCGCGCUGGAGGGAACUAAAAACGUGACCAAUGCAACAGUCCUGUUGAGCAACGUCGCCGCGAUGGCGUGGUGGCCCUCAUCGCAGGCGCUCGUCGUCAUUCAGAACGCAAAUCUCGUGCUCUACGAACUGCCGCCCGCUCGCGGCGAAAGCGUCAACUUAACCGAACACUCGGUGUUCCCCAACUUUGCCCUCAUCCCACCUUUUGCGGUUGAAGGGGUCGAGACGCCAGCGGUGAAGCUGCGCGAGCGCCUCAACGCGGAGCCUCUGCCCACGGUCACCCACCUCGCCGUCUUCGAUCAGCACGAGAACCCGGCGAACUCCGCCGCGCCCACCGAGGCGACGCUCGUGCUGAUUCUCUCCUCUGGCGAGCUGGUCACGUACCGCGUCGUCCCGCCGGACGGCUACGCGCCCCGACGGUGCAUCAAGCAGGUGUACCACAUCCUCGACGUGGUGCCGGAAACGGAUCUCGUCGAGUCCGUCGAGACUCGCAAGCGGCGCCUGCAGGAGGAGCGGGCCCGCCUGGCGAGCGUGACGCGGCAGAUGCGGCACUGCACCGAGCGCCUGAUCGCCUUUCAAGGCCUGCAGAACCGCUACAAAGGCCUCUACGUCUGCGGGCAGACCCCUGUCUUCCUCAUCUACCACCCGCCGACAAAUCAGCUCAUCGCGACGCGGCACCACAACAUGAGUGCGGUGCGCGGCUUCGCGCCGUUUCACUCCCGCCACGUUCAAGGCGGCUUCGUGUACUGCGCGGAGGGCUUUGUGCACUUCGCCACGAUGCAGCCCUUCGGCGAACUGAUUAACAGCGAGGGGUGGUGGCUCGAACGGGUGCGACUCGGGUGCACGCCGCACCGCAUCACGUACUCCCCCGCUGCGCACGGCUGCUUUGUGGUGGCGUCGCGGCCGCAGCCAUUUGCGCCGAAGAAGGCGCCGUUCGAUGUGCAGCUGCGCAUGACCGAAGACGAAGAGGGCAACCGUAUGUCACAUGUCGUGCAGCCCGUCGCUCUGCCGCCGCUCUCCGUGACGGCAGGCGCUCCAGUGCCGAUGAACGAGCGCUACGAAGUGCAGUUCUUUUCCACGGCCGAUUGGCAGUGCACGGACCGCUUUGUGUUAGAUGAGAACGAAAAGGUGCUGGCGACCACGUUGAUGAAGGUCACGCGCGACACCACCAUGGACGCGCCGGGCACUGCCACCACCGCGCCCGUCUGUGCGUUGGCCACCGCCUACCCUCUUGGCGAGGACGUCACCAGUCGUGGACGCAUCUUGCUCCUUGCGACGUCGCAUUUGGACGGACGUGCGCAGCAGCUGCGCAGCGUGCACGACGAACCGAUGAAGGGUUCUGUCACAGCCAUCACGAGCGUCGCGGACGACUGUGUGGCAGUGGCAGUGGGCGGGACGGUGCGUGUGUACCGCUACGACGCAAACAAAGCGAACAUGGCGACAAUGGCCAUCCUGUACGCCGGCGCUUAUGUCACGCACCUCUCCGCCUUCCGCGACUACCUCGUUGUGGGCGAUCUUUUCCAUUCCAUCUUGUUUGCGCGCUACAGUGCGGAGAACCACACAAUUACGAUUCUCGGCCGCGACACGAGCACUACCUCCGUCGUGUUCAACGACAUGCUCUACCACGACUCCCGCUUUGGGUUGGUGGUGUCGGACGAUCAGCGCAAUUUAAUCUGCAUGCAGUACAGACCACGCGUGCAGGAGGAGCCCGGGAAGCCACCGAAGGUGCUGGAGGCGCUUCUCAACGUGGGUGGGGAAUACCGCUUAGCAGGCGGCGUCAUGACGAAGAUGAUCCGGCUGCGCUGCGCCACCAAAGAUGCGAAGAGCAGCAUUGCGAUUUACGUGACGAACAACGGCGAGGUCGGCUAUUUGGUUCCGUUGGGUGAUCAAACGAGUCGAACCGGGCAGUGGGUGGUGCGUCGUCUGCAGACCGAGGUGGCACACGCCGCGGGGCUUCCACCUCGCAUGUUUCUCUCCUUCAGCCAAGACGAUCCGCUGCGCUCGUUGAAGGGCGAGGAGUGGCUCCUGCACGUGCCGCUGCUGAUGCAGCUAUUCCGGCAAGACCUGCGGACGCGCAAACUAAUCGCUGCUGCCGCGCAGACGCAGCUGGACCGUGCGCUGAACGUCGGGGCGACGGUGGCGGCUGAACUGGGAGCCAUCUAG